ACGUUGCUAAGCAACAAUGUAGGCCACCAAACUGAGAAAACUCGCAGUGUUUUUACUCACUGUGUUCAGCAACAGCAUAAAGAUGCCGCUUAAUGCUUACAGAGGAGAACAGUCGCUGCACGACCACAUAACAGCGCUUCAGCGUAAAAUUAAGUUACUGGAGGGCGAAAGGACCGCAUCGUAUGAGAGUUCUCAGUUCACCAUCAAGAAGAACCGAGAGUCCGUCCUCCAGAUGAGGCAGGAGAACAAGAGGCUGUACAGACAACUGGCAGAUGCUAACGCUGGUGAUGAACGCAUCAUCAAAGUGGCUUUUCACGAUAGAGGCUUGGAAAAAGAUGCCUUCCGCAACUUGUCAGGAAAGGAAGCAAUCACGUUGCUAGACCAAAAGGUGCUCUCCAAAACGAAGCGUGUCAAUGCCCUAAAACACACCACCCAAACCUACCAGCAGCGCAUUGAUGAACUGAAUAUGGAAGAAGAGAGAAUGAAGCAAGAGCACAGAGGUGCAGCUGCGUCCUCUGAUGCUUGGACUUGUGAGAAGGAGGAAGACGCGAUGAAUUUGCGUGCAUUGGGGAACCGUCUGGAGAAAGCACAGUUCAAGUGCAAGGAGGCCGAGAAAUGCAUGUUAAUCCAUCUGAAACUCAAAGGUCACUUGCAGGAUGAGAGUCUGACUUACGGAGGACAGAUCAACAGUUUGGAAGCAGAAAUCCUGAAGUACAGAGAGGAGCUUCACAACCUGCAAGUCCGAAAUAAUGAGGCUCAGCUCUCCAAAAAGGCUACAAAGGCUGAGUUAGAGCAGCUGGAGGUACAGCUGUUGAAAGGAGAAAACGAGAGGAACAGCAACAGAGCAAGGUUACGGAAAGUUGAAGAGCGCAAGAGUCAGGCUGAAAAGGCGGAGAAAAAGGUUCAGAGAACAAUAAUGCAGCCAGAUGAGCUGAGCGGUGAGGCCCAGCACAGCACCACCCGGAUCGCAGCCGAAGAAGAGAAAGCCAUCUCUACCUUUGAGUUGGCCUUCAGGAGCAUCAGAGAGGCCACUGGGGUCACAGAUAUGCAGGAGGUUUUGGAGAACUUUAUUUUACAGAAGGAGAAUCAUAAACAUUUAGAGAAGCUAAACCGAGAGAAUGAGCAGGUCCUGUUGCAGCUGAAAGAACAGAAGAAGCUCAUUAGCCAACAGUUUGAGGAUAUGAAUUACUCUGGGGAGGCCAAACUGUCCAGUGAGCAGCAGAUGUUGGAGGAGUGCGAACGUCAGCUCCUGGUUUACCAGCAGAGGUGCCAUUCAGCCGCAGAGCGCCUGGGCUGGUAUGUGAAGACCCUCAGCACCAUCAGAGCUGGAGUUGAGCACCUGGACGGGAAACUGCAGGACAUCUUACCUACUCAGGACAGAGUGAGUGAAGUCCGACCAGAUUCAGAUGAGUUUGUGCUGGAGCUUUUGGCCCAGUGUCAGCUGAAAUUACAGAUCUUACAAAAGACACUUGAAGGGAAGGACCUGGCUUCUGUCAUGAAGGAGAUAGAAGAAAACGAGUUCUACACCAGGAUUGAAGGGAAGUUUCCGGAGUACGACACCAAAGAGAAGCAAUUGGAGAGCCAAACACAGAGUUGCAGCAACACAGAGAGUGAGACCAAAGAGGAGGAGGCUGACAUCAUGUCACGAGAGGCAAUGAAGCGUCAUUCUCAGCUCAUUGUUGACUCCAACUCCAACAAGAAGGCUUGGAAAAACAAGUUCUGACCCAAAGUAACUCUUCUGAGACCAGAGUAGCUUUUAGUGGAGGAAAAAUAAAAACUUAAGACAUAACAAAGGUUUUUAAUGGUUAGAUUAAUCUGUAGUGACCUCCUAGAAGUGACCUAACUAUUAUAGUGCAGAAGUAUUCAUCUCCCAGGACCUUUUUCACAGACAAAACUAACACUGUACAUCACCCUGAACACACAAUCCCCACUGUGAAACACUGCCAUCAUCGUGAUCUUCAGGAGGGACAGGAAAGCUGGUCAGAGUUUAUAGAAAGAUGAUGUAGCUAAUUACAGGGCGGUUCUCCACCUCUGUCCUGGGGUGGAUGUUAACCUUCUAGAGGGUUAACGACCCAUCAUACAACCAAAGCUGCAACAGAAUCUUUUAAAUCCAUUGAAAAUCUGUUGAAAGACUUGAAGUUUGAUGUUUAAAGACCUUCUACAUCUAAUCUGGCUGAGCCUGAGCACCAUAGAGGUAAAGACAUUCCCUCAAAAGACCUGUAAUUCUAGAAAUUAUUUGUAUUCAGGGCAGUGAAUACAAAUGCAUGCCACACUUUUCCAAUUUUAACAAAACAAAAAUGUUUGAAAUCAAUAAUUUUUGUUCUAUUUCCCAGCUCUCCACUACUUUGUGAAGAUCUAUUGCAUUAAAUCCCAGUAAACUGCAUUGAAGUUUAUGGUUGUAACGUCACAAGUAAAAAAGUUGGAGAGUAUGUAUAUUUUGCAAGGCAUGGUUAAAUAUGUCAAAUAUAUCUGUUACAAAGAAUUGAAAAUUAAUAAGAUUGUUAUAUCCCUGGAUAUGUUGCAACAUCCCUGAAUGUUGUAAGAUAUGUCAUGUAAGAUGAUCCUCAUGAACUGAUCCCUGUGUGUCUUCUCGUGUCAGUUUUAUUUUGACAACAGCCUUGUGCUGCUGAGGGUGUUGCACCUUAGUCCGUAUUUCCAACUAUUCUUCCCAGGCAACAUUUCAGCUCCCGCCUCCUGGGAGCAAAUAAAAACAAUCACAAGAGCGCUCUAA